UCGUAAAAAUUACGCAGUGGGCAAUUUCGCAUCUUUUUGUUAUAGCUAACAUUAGCUAGCUACGUCCGCCAUUUUUCUUGAGGGAAGAUGGCUAGCAAGCUAGCUAGCAGUUUUUAGUCAACAAGAUGGCUGCUUCCACUGAAGGAGCAUGAAUAGAAACUAUUUCGAAUAUUAAAAGUUUUUAAACGCAUAUUUGUGAUUUUCGUGUAUUGCAAGUACGAGCAUGUAUUUACAUUGUUAGGAAUCGUUUCGUAUGUACGUUAGCCGAUUCGAUGAACCAGCUAGCCUAGCUAUCAAUCUAGCUAUCCAGUUAGCUGGCUCGCUUGCUACUAUCCAUAUUCGCUACUGCAUGUUGUUUGCAAAAUUGAAUUUCAAACAUUACAUUUUCUGUAUUUCUCAUUAAAUAGUGUGACAUUGUACACAAGUGUGAAAUCCGAAUAAACUGUGGAGAGAACUCAUUUGUAAAGCACCAUUUGACAGGGGGGAUUGUGUUUGGGUUGUUAGACAAGAUGGCGACUCCCAGAGAGGCAUGAAAAUCGCCUUCUGCGGCAACUCGCUAACGUGCUAGGCUGGCUAGCUAGCUAGCUAAUCAGAAGUCAGCCUAUUAUCUUUUUAUUUACAGUACAUCUUAAAUUUCUAGAUGCAUUCUCUAUUAGUUAAGAUGUAUUCUUUUGUAAAUGGGAUGGUAAAUGUAUUGCGGUUUGUACAUGGCUAGCUACAUAAACGCAACAAUCAAGGGUUCAACCCCCUUUGAUUUUUACAUCAUUUAACUCCGCCAUUUUUUAGACUGGCGGAGGUUUGUUUGGUUGUUACAAGAUGGCGGCUCCCAUGGAGUGGCACUGCUUUACUUCUAGAGGGAUUUAACGACAAGAUAAAAUUAUUUGAUGUUCUGCGCAGAGAAUAAUAAACAAUAUUGUCCUGCCUGAAGAGGGGAAGCAACAAAUGCUACCAAAUUUUCCUCCUGGUGGCCCCAGGGCUCGCUUAUUGACCAGCCGGCUUUUUUCCUCUUCUCUUGCAAAGCGUCUUCUGCUGUGCUAAAAUGGCGGCUCCCAUGGAUUUUGGAUCUUUUUGAAUUGAUUUAGAAAAAAACAUCUUUUAAGACACACAAUACUACAUUAAUUUGAGGAAAUGUCUUCUGUUUCCACGGGAUCCGGGACCACCGGUUCGGUCCUGCAACCACGAUGGAAGCGGGUGUUGGGUUGGUCCGGCCCCGUCCCUCGACCUCGUCACGGACACAGAGCGGUUGCUAUUAAAGAGUUGAUGGUUGUAUUCGGGGGUGGCAAUGAAGGAAUUGUGGAUGAAUUACACGUCUAUAAUACAGCCACCAACCAGUGGUUCAUCCCAGCAGUCCGAGGCGACAUUCCGCCAGGGUGUGCUGCCUAUGGAUUUGUGUGUGAUGGAACCCGGCUGCUUGUGUUUGGUGGGAUGGUGGAGUAUGGAAAAUACAGCAACGACCUGUAUGAGCUGCAGGCUAGUCGAUGGGAGUGGAAGAGGCUCAAGCCUAAAACUCCCAAAAACGGCCCCCCUCCGUGCCCCCGUCUGGGCCACAGUUUCUCUUUGGUGGGGAACAAGUGCUACCUAUUUGGAGGGCUGGCUAAUGACAGCGAGGACCCCAAGAACAACAUUCCCAGGUACCUGAAUGACUUGUACAUCCUGGAGCUUCGUGCGGGCUCCAGUGUGGUGGGCUGGGACAUCCCCAUCACCUACGGCGUGCUUCCCCCUCCCCGCGAGAGCCACACCGCCGUGGUCUACACCGAGAAAACCAGCAAGAAGUCGCGCCUGGUCAUCUACGGCGGAAUGAGUGGCUGUCGUCUCGGAGAUCUCUGGACCCUGGAUAUCGACACCCUCACCUGGCACAAGCCGUCAGUCAGCGGCACAGCUCCCCUGCCCCGGAGUCUCCACUCCGCCACCACCAUCACCAACAAGAUGUACGUGUUUGGGGGAUGGGUUCCCCUGGUGAUGGAUGACGUGAAGGUGGCCACACAUGAGAAGGAGUGGAAGUGUACAAACACACUGGCCUGUCUGAAUCUGGACUCCAUGGCGUGGGAGACCGUUCUCAUGGACACUUUGGAGGACAACAUCCCGAGAGCUCGUGCCGGACAUUGCUCUGUUGCUAUCAAUUCCAGACUGUAUGUCUGGAGUGGACGAGAUGGCUACCGCAAGGCGUGGAAUAACCAGGUCUGCUGCAAAGACCUCUGGUACCUGGAGACAGAGAGACCGCCGGCACCGUCGCGCGUUCAGCUGGUCCGUGCCAACACAAACUCCCUGGAGGUGAGCUGGGGCGCGGUUCCCACGGCCGACAGCUACCUGCUGCAGCUGCAGAAGUACGACAUCCCGGCCGCUGCCGCCGCCACCUCCCCCGCCCUCAACGCCACGCCGUCGCUGCCCGGCAACUCGCCCAAGAGCCCCGCCCCCGCCGCGGCCGCCCCGUCCGCUCAGACCCUGCCCCUCUCCGGCAUCACCCUCGUGCCCCAGGUCGGCUCCCCGACCACCUCCAUGCCGGGGAGUCCGCUGGCAGCCAGCACUGCCCGUGGCCCAGCCAUUCUGAAAGUAGCGGCACCGCACUCCACUUCUGGGGCAUCCAUCGUCACUGUGCGCCAGGCUAACCCGGCUGGGAAAUCCCCUGUCACUGUGACAUCACUUCCUGCUGGCGUCCGUAUGGUUGUGCCUGCACAAAGCACCCAGGGAACACCAAUCGGUAGCAGCCCUCAGAUGAGUGGCAUGGCUGCACUAGCGGCAGCUGCAGCGGCCACACAAAAGAUCCCGCCCUCUUCCACGCCCACAAUGCUGAACAUGCCUGCCGGUGCCACCAUUGUGAAAACUGUGGCCAUGACCCCCGGCUCCACCAGUCUCCCAGCUGCAGUUAAAGUAGCAUCACCGGUUAUGGUGAGCAAUCCGGCCACCCGUAUGCUGAAGACCGCGGCGGCCCAGGUGGGCACGUCGCCCGUCUCCGCCCCCAACACGCCCACGCGCCCCAUCAUCACCGUGCACAAGUCUGGCACUGUCACCGUGGCGCAGCAGGCCCAGGUGGUCACCACCGUGGUGGGGGGCGUGACCAAGACCAUCACCCUCGUCAAGAGCCCCAUUGGCAUGGGAGGGAGUGGGACCCUGGUACGCUCACCGUGGGGGAGUAGGAUUUCCAAUCUGGGGAAAGUGAUGUCCGUGGUGCAGACCAAGCCGGUGCAGACCUCUGCCGUGACUGGCCAGGCCUCCACCAAUCCCGUCACUCAGAUUAUACAGACCAAGGGUCCCCUCCCAGCAGGAACCAUCCUCAAGCUGGUGACCUCAGCGGACGGCAAGCCCACCACCAUCAUCACCACCACCCAGGCAGGGGGCACUGGCAGCAAGCCCACCAUCCUGGGCAUCAGCAGUGUGUCCCCCACCACCACCACCAAGCCCGGCACCACCACAAUCAUCAAGACCAUCCCCAUGUCUGCCAUCAUGACCCAGCCGGGAGCCACGGGUGUCCGUACACUUCCAGCAGGGGUAACCAGCACCCCGGGAAUGAAGUCACCGAUCACCAUAAUCACCACAAAAAUGAUGACCUCUGGUACCGGGACGCCAGGCAAACUCAUCACUGCUGUACCCAAACUGGGUGGCGGGCCAGGCCAGCAGGGAGUCACACAGGUUGUUCUGAAGGGGGCACCAGGUCAGCCAGGUACCAUUCUGCGCACAGUGCCCAUGGGCGGGGUUCGCCUGGUUACCCCGGUAACCGUGUCUGCAGUCAAACCCACCGUGACCACACUUGUUGUCAAGGGAACAACAGGUGUGACUACUCUGGGGACGGUGACCGGCACAGUGUCCACCAGCCUUGCAGGAGGGAGUGUAGCCAGUGCCAACGCUUCCCUUGCGACCCCCAUUACCACCCUGGGCACCAUCGCCACCCUGUCCAGCCAGGUCAUUAACCCGGCUGCCAUCACUGUGUCGGCAGCCCAGACCAGCCUGACCACAGCCUCUACGCUACCCACGCCCACAAUCACCAUGCAGUCGGUGAACCAGCCCACCCAGGUGACCCUGAUCACCACCCCCAGCGGUGUGGAGGCACAGCCCAUUCAGGAUCUGCCCGUUUCCAUCCUGGCCUCCCCCACCUCCGAGCAGCCGUCUGCCACCGUAGCCGAGGCGGGAUCCGGGGAAAUGCCCGGCACCGUCACUCUGGUCUGCUCAAACCCGCCAUGCGAGACUCAUGAGACCGGAACCACCAACACCGCCACCACUGCGUCUGCCAGCAUGGGCGUUCAGCGCGUGUGCUCGAACCCGCCCUGCGAAACCCACGAGACCGGAACCACCAAUACCGCCACCACCGCCUCUUCCGGCAUGGGAGUACAGCGUGUGUGCUCGAACCCGCCCUGCGAAACGCACGAAACCGGCACCACCAAUACCGCCACCACCGCGUCCGCCAACAUGGGCACGCAACGCGUGUGCACCAACCCGCCCUCAGAGACCCACGAAACUGGCACCACCAACACGGCCACCACCGCCAGCUCCAACAUGGGCUCUGAUCAGAUGGGCACUACCCAGAGCAAGACGGGAGCGCAGUCUCCCUCUGGCUCCUCCUCUUCCCCUCCAGCCUCCACCAACGGCCCCUCCGGAGCCGACUCCACCCCUGGGGUCCUCCGGCCCGAGAACCUGCGGACGGGCACUACCUACACCUCCACCACCGCGCGCUCCAACAUGGGCUCGGACCAGACGGGCACGGUGCAGAGCUCUCGCUCGUCCCAGGAGAAGUCGUCCUACAGCAGCGCCACCUGCCCUGUCUCGCAGAUCAUCCCCUCGGAGAAGGGGGAGGGAGCCCCGGUCUGCUCCAACCCGCCCUGCGAAACCCACGAAACGGGCACCACCAACACCCACACCCAGGCCUCCUCCGGCAUGGGGGCCAGUCAGUCUGGGACGGUGCAGAGGGUCUGCUCCAACCCGCCCUGCGAAACCCACGAAACGGGCACCACCAACACCGCCACCCAGUCGUCCUCCGGCAUGGGGGCCAAUCAGUCUGCGACAGUGCAGAGGGUGUGCUCCAACCCGCCCUGCGAAACCCACGAAACGGGCACCACCAACACCCCCACCCAGUCCUCCUCCACCAUGGGGACUGAUCAGCAGCCUGGGACAGUGCAGAGGGUGUGCUCCAACCCUCCCUGCGAAACCCACGAAACGGGCACCACCAACACCGCCACCACCGCCACGUGCAGCAUGGAGAGCGGCGAGGGCACAGCCCAGCAGACUGGCGAUGCUACGCAGGGAGAUGGCGGAGCGCCCACAGAGGUCCCGGCACAGUCCACCACCCCGACGGAAGCCCCCAAUCCCACAACGCAAAGCAGGGCCAUCACAACUGUUACCCAGGCAACGCCCGCACCAGGGCCCUCAGUGCCAUCGAUCUCCUCGAUCACGGAGUCGUCGGGCGUGGGGCAGGAGGACCCCGGCGCCAUGGCGGCCCUGCAGCAGCAGGUGGGCGUGCAGGGCGCUGCGGGCCCCGGGGGGGAAGCCGGGGAGCCCAUGCAGACGGAGUGCGCCGCGGAGCUGGGCGAGGCAGCCGCCGUCGCCGCCGUGGCCAUGGAGGAGGGCGAGGCCACCACCGUGCUCCAGGUGCAGGUGGAGCAGCUGCCCACAGCCAUGGAGACCCAGCCCAGCCAGGAUGAGCAGGAGAUGGAGCAGGGUGCUGUGGCAGGCACUGCCCAGGAUUCCGAGCCGCUGACCCUGCCCCAGGAGCUGAUGUCCGAGGGACAGGCCACCACCUUGAUGGUGACGGGCCUCACCCCGGAGGAGCUGGCUGUCACGGCGGCGGCAGAAGCAGCGGCCCAGGCUGCAGCCACUGAGGAGGCCCAAGCCCUGGCCAUCCAGGCCGUCCUGCAGGCAGCGCAACAGGCUGUCAUGAAUGAAGGGGACUCCGGUCACGACCAGCAGCCCACCACCAUCCCGAUCGUGCUGACCCAGCAGGAGCUGGCCGCCCUGGUGCAGCAGCAGCAGCAGCUGCAGGAAGCCCAGGCCCAGGCCCAGGCCCAGGCGGCGGCCGCAGCCUCCGCUGCAGCUGCGGCCGCCGCGGCCGCGCAACAGCAGGCCAGCGCCCAGGCGGCCCUGCCCACCGAGGGCCUGGCCCCCGCCGACAGCCUCAACGACCCCUCCUCCGAGAGCAACGGCCACAACGAGAUGGCCGCCGCGGUCACCAGCGCCGUGGCGCGACUGCUGCCGGGAACGUCGGCCGAGACCUUGGCCCCAUCCAGCACUUUCGCUCCAGCACAGCCCAUGGUGGUGGCUAGCCCAGCCAAGAUACAGGCAGCCACAGCACUGGCCGAAGUAGCCAAUGGCAUCGAGUCUGCAGCGGGGAAGCAAGUUCCUACGCCUGCCAUGGCCAAGCCCCCAGUGAAGAAGGAGAGCCAGUGGUUUGACGUUGGAGUCGUCAAGGUGACAAACAUGGUUGUCACGCACUACUACCUACCAGGAGAAGAUACGCCCCCUGUUGAUGAGGACUCUGCGACCGUCCCGGACUACAGCCAGAUGAAGAAGGUGGAGCUGCAGCCCGGCACCGCCUACAAGUUCCGUGUGACCGGCAUCAACGCCUGCGGCCGCGGGACCUACUCGGAGAUCUCCGCCUUCAAGACCUGCUUGCCCGGCUUCCCCGGAGCCCCCUGCGCCAUCAAGAUUAGCAAGAGCCCAGACGGUGCUCACUUGACCUGGGAGCCGCCCUCGGUGACCUCGGGGAAGAUCAUCGAGUACUCCGUGUACCUGGCCAUCCAGAGCGCGCAGGCUGGGGAGCAGAAGGCCUCCACCCCGGCCCAGCUGGCCUUCAUGCGGGUGUACUGCGGGCCCAGCCCCUCCUGCCUGGUGCAGUCCUCCAGCCUCUCCAACGCCCACAUCGACUACACCACCAAACCCGCCAUCAUCUUCCGCAUCGCCGCACGCAACGAGAAGGGCUACGGCCCCGCCACACAGGUCCGAUGGCUCCAAGAAUCCAGUAAAGAUGGCUCAGCAGCUAAACCUGCCACGAAAAGACCAGUCUCUUCUCCUGACGGGAAAGCCACCGGUCCAAAGAAGGCGAGAUCAGACCAGUGAGGGACCCCUUUGCCCUCUGUCCUUUUUCCUAAUGAGGACUAUGACUGAACCCAUCUCCCCCCAAUCAUCCACCACCCCACCACCACACCACAGCCUCAACUGAACCAUCAGCUAUCUUAAAUGGUCAAAAUGGCAGCAAAAAUUACAACAAAAAAGACAAACCUAAAUUUGAGAAACGGGCCCUGACAAUGGGCAUUUGUGGUGCCAUGGACGCCUUCUCAACCUGUUUUUAUUUUUAUUUUAUUAAUACUGCUUCUUCAUGGGCAAACAAAGAAAGCACAUCUUUUCUUUUCUUUUUUCUCAGUAUAUUUUUCUGUCAUCUAAAACUGCAGCAUUCAGACAAAAAUGAAUUACAUUUACUAGUUUGUUGUAUAUUCCCCUUAUCUUUUCCUGGCUUGUGUUAACACAAGAACAAUUGAAUAGAAAUGAUUACAACUUUGCUCAUAGUCUGUUAGCCUUUUUUUUUUUUUUUUUUUUGUCUUGAGUAAAGCGAUUGAGGUUGGGGUAGAAGGAUAAGCAGAAGCCUUCAAUGGGUGGAUACAUCAAAAUGGAAAACAAAAUGGCACUUCAUAUUCAGGGGAUGCUUUCCAGAGGAAAAUACUAGCUUCAUUAGAGAGGGGGGAAAAUCAAAAUAGGCACCCAACUGGACUGUCUCCUUGUUCUGUUGCAUCACUGUGCGCUUGUACCUUGGUGAAAGGGAAGAGCAGAUCAUGGAUGAUCUCAAGAAGCGGACGAAGAAAGGACUUAGGUUUGCGUAGAUUCAGAGACUAGAGUAGAACUGAGACUUUUGCCGCACGUUAAGCAAAUCUUGUUUAAAAAAAGAAAAAGAAAAAACAAACAAAAAAAAACAAAAAAAACGACAAACUUCCCAAAAAAUUAGCAAGCGGUGAUGCAGAAGUUCUGCGUGUGGUUUAUUUUUGUAUUUUUUAAAGCUUUUUUCCUUGUGUGUAUGUGUGUACUUGAGUGCAUUUUUUUAAACCUCACUUGUCAUUUACUCUUUAUGUUCCCCGUUAAUCCCCUAUAGUUUCCAUGUGUUUGUGGGAUGAGCUUGUGGUGGCAUUGUGGGAGCCACAAUACUUUUUUCUUUCCUUUUCUUUUUUUUUUUUUUUUAAAUCUUGGAUCGAUUAAUUGUUUGUACUUGUUGUAUCAGAGGAAAUUAAAAAGAAAUGACUUUUUGUAUUUGUUUCGAAGAGAAUGGCAAACAAUGCGGGACUGAGUACCCAGGGAGAGGAGGGCUUUUUUUUUGUUUUGUUUUUUUGCUUUGUUUACUUAACCUUUCAACGCUUGUAUUCUUUAGUGUACGCCAAAACUGGACAUUAAAGCAAUCUUUCGCAGAAAACACACACACAUCCUCCUCUCCUUUCGUUCUCCCUCCAAAUAGCCCCAUUUACCAAUCCAUAGUUUCAGUACAGUACAUUUUUAGAAGCAAUGGAGUCCAAUUUUUGUCCUAACUUGUUUUAGAAAGUUUCAAGAAAUAAUAAAAAGAAUGUUCUUCCCAGAUAGUAGAGAAAUGUCUACGGAAAAUGUUAAGAUAACGAUUUGCAUUAGUUUGGGACUCUGCAUUUUGCAGAUGACAUGAUGGAGGGGGUGGAAGUUUGUGUGUAAUGUGACUUAAGAAAUGUUACCAGAAGAAUGAGUUGUACGUCUUUUUGAAUUGGGGGGAGGUCACGUUUUUGUUGUUUUUGGCAGUAGGGAUGGGUGGGUUGCAAGGAUUAUUGGCAUUGCCAGAGUUUGAGCUCAACUGUAAAUUGGUUCCUUCAUAUAGCAAGAAAAAAAUCUUGGCUUUUUUAUAAUUAUCUGUAACAAGUUUUUACAUGUUGGUCAUCUCUUGCUUUUUGUCUUGACAUAUAAAAGAAACAGAAAUAUCUGUCUCCCUGCUCAAUUAUCUUUCAUUUUUUUAAAUUUCCUCACCGUUUUAGAGGGUAGAGGAAAUAGAGGAAGCAGUUUAAUAUUCAUGAAAUUGAUCAUUUAAACCAUCCGAUUGUAAAUGGUCUAAAGCAGCUACAGUAUUAGAUUCAAAUGCAGCGAAAGCUGGGUGUCGGGUCAGAUCACAGGAAUGCAUACAUGAUUUCCAAACGGAUUCUCCAUUUCCUUGUGGAAAGUGUAAAUAUCGUCUCGUAAUAUUGUCUAUUGUCAAAGAUGAGAUUCAGGAAUUAAAUCCCUUUCGAUUCUGUGGAAACAAUUUUUAAACUGGUUUUAUCUUCAGGUAAACUGUCACUCUUGGAAAAUUUCAUUAUGAACAACCCUAUGGCUACUAAGUCCAUAAUUGGAAAGUGUCAGCCUUCUAGGCUCUCCGUCAUUGUGUGAGUAUUAUACAGAUCACAAGAUUGGGAACAUGGGUUUUGACAGUGACACCCAAACUUUGCUCUUCAACUGCAAGGUGUAUAAAAGGCAUUAAUAUAAGUUCAUGUUAUUCCUGUGCUGUGCUAUACUUGUGUCCUGUCCCUCUUCCAUCAAUAGUCAAUGUUUUUGCAGGUCGUCAGUCUUCAAGUGUCAACUUGGUUUAUACUUGUACUCAAGAUAAGUUGGCAGUGAUGUUGUCAGGUGUAAUGAGCAUUUUUUUUUUGUAGUGUGAAAAUUAGUAUGUUAAAAUGUGUUAUCUGGUUUUAGGAUUUACAUUCAAAAUAUCGUUUACGAAUACUAUGAAAUAAUAAAAACGGCCAUCUUUGAA